AUGGUUAUUAGACCAAGUUGAAGAAGGAAAUUUGAUUCAAGAUUUAAAGAUGAAUAUCCUUCAAGUGAUUCAAAUCAAUGAUUCAGUAUUAGAUGGGUUUAUUAAUGCACUUAGUUUAUGUUAUCUUUCUAAUGCAAUGAAUACCAAUGAAUUUUUUAUGAUUAGUAAUAAGAAUAUUGUUUAUGAAAUUCCAGCAGAUGAUCAGAUUAUCAAGAAGCUGGCAUAUACAUUCAAAACAAAUAAAAAUGUUAAAACUAUCGAUAAAAGUGGUGCUAAAAUAGAUGAUGAGGAUGAUAAUGUUAAAAUUAUAACUGUUAGUAGUUAUUCAGCUUUAAAUAAUUUAGAAAAUAUUCAUAAUUUUUUGCUUCAACAAAAAGGUUCAAGCGAGCAAUUUAAAUUAGUCAAUUCAUUAGAAAAAUUUAUUAAAGCAAAAUU